AAUACAUUCAUUAAGAGCCUAGUUGUGUGUUAAUUUUGUGUUUCUGAAAUGUGUUUCUUGCAAAUUUGAUUAGAAAAGACUAAAAAGACAGUUUGUAUAAACUCUUUCACUUUCGAAUUCUUUGUCGCUUACAAGGAAAUUAUCCGUGUUGCACAUGAAUCAGCUUCGUCAAUCGCUUUAGUCGUUUUUGAAGGCUUUACGACUAAUCUGUUGAAUAUUUUAAAACACAAUUUCUGCUGCACUUUCAACGCAUAAUGGCUCUUUUCGAAGUAAGUGGUUAUAAGCCUUAUUCUGAACUCCGUAGGGAAAUUCUUCCGGGAGGACAGACGCAUCUCGUCGACCGAAUCAGCCACUACACGUUUGGUACCAAAACCCACGAAUUUGCCGUUCCUCUUGGUGUAGACCCAUCAGGGUUUCUCAAGUCCUGCAACCGUGACGGUGGUGUGUGUAUAGAGCUGAACCAUGGUACCACCACCCUGGCUUUCAAAUUCAGACAUGGAGUCAUCGUGGCUGUGGACUCCAGAGCCUCAGCUGGAAAUUACCUAGCUUCAAAAGAUGCCAACAAGGUGAUAGAGAUCAACUCCUAUCUACUGGGAACCAUGUCAGGCAGCGCUGCGGACUGCCAGCACUGGGAGAGGCUCCUGGCCAAAGAAUGCAGGCUGUACAGGCUGAGGAACAACCACAGGAUCUCUGUGGCUGCUGCCUCCAAGCUGCUGUCUAACAUGAUGCUGGGUUACAGAGGCAUGGGCCUCUCUAUGGGAAGCAUGAUCUGUGGAUGGGACAAACAGGGCCCUGGUCUGUACUACGUGGAUGAUAAUGGGACGCGUCUGUCUGGCCGCAUGUUCUCUACGGGCUGUGGGAACAGUUACGCCUAUGGUGUGAUAGACAACGGUUACCGGGAAGACAUGACGGUGGAGGAGGCGUAUGAACUGGGCCGUCGUGGGAUCGCUCACGCUACACACAGGGAUGCUUACUCUGGAGGAGUGGUCAACAGUGAGUAUACUCUUGAGAAGUUUCCUAAAUUUUGUUUUAUAUUUACCAUUUAAAUAUACAGUAUCUUUUAUCUCUAUUAAAGCGGUACGGUUGUUGGAUAAGCUUGUCAGUCUUUUGGUCCAGAUGGAAAUCUAUUGGGUUUCCAUGUAAUUGGGUUCAGAAAUUUAUGUCCACCUCAGAAUGAAUUGUAAUGACUUUGAUGAUCACCAUCAAUAUGUCAAAUUUUACAUUUGUCCUUUAGUUAAUGACCAAAUAUCUUCAAAACUAAAGACAUUUCCAUCAUCCUCGACUGUUUCAACAUCAACAAGAACACAAAUAAGAGCUCUUCAGCAGCCUGUUGAGUAUAUAAUAAUAAAUUCUGCCAAACAAAAUCACAAUAUUGUAAAUAUAAUGAGUCGACCUAUAAAGUAAAAGAAAGAGAAACUAAACAGGCCUAGGGGCAUCCUGGUUCAUGUCUCUCUCUUCCCUCAUUUCCUGUCAUGUCUCUGAUACCUAAAAGAAUAACAUGACUAAAUGUUGGAUAGUCCUGAAAUGUAUAAAGCUGUGUUCUGUGAACACUUGAAAAUGGUAACUUCUUUCUUUAUUUGUACAUAGGGAUAGCGAUCGUAAAUUUUUAUUGAUAUUGACACCCUUAUUGAGACGGCUUAAUGAUCUGAUUCUUUAUCGAUACCACUAUCGAAGAAUAAAAACUCAGACAUCAGUCUGUAUCAGUCCCUCCUCUCCCUCCUCCUCCUCCUCCUCCUCUCUUCUGUUAUUCACUACCUGCAGGUAAUGUUAGCUGGUAGAAGGAGGAGCGGCUGGUUUGUCUCAGCCAGCAGCUGAGUUUUUAAGACUACAGACCAGUCUAUGCUCCAGACAGACAGCUUUCUAUUUAGCUUGUUUUUAACAUUUGGCUAAUUGCCAAGCUAACGUUAGCUGCGCUUGUAUAAAACUUACAGAAUGAGAGACUGUGGACAGAGAUGAUUAAAUCAACACAUGUUUACCUUACAGACAGGUGUAUUGAUAAAGUAUUGUCUUUUUACUCGCGAAGGUCUCGAUAGCAGUAUCGGAAAACUCGGACCUUAAUGAUUUUCCUGUUUUAAGAAAUUUUUGAACCGGGUCCUUUUACAUUCACAUUUAUUCAUUUAGCUGACGCUUUUAUCCAAAGCGAUUUACAAUUGUUUAAGUGUACAAGGGACACAUUGGUGGAUGUGUCACAGUGGGGAGUUGAACCCGGGUCUCUCACACCAAAGGCUUUUAGAACAGGGUAUCAAUCCCCAUCCCUAUUUCUACAUUUGUGGGAAUAUGUGUGUGUCAAGCGGGAAGCUUCCGGUCAGCGAUCUGAUGCGAAAGCGGAAGUCCCUGAAACCUGCAUUCC